UUUUUUUUUUCGAUGGUGGUGUCGGACUAGCUUGCGCGGACCUCGACUAUUUCACCGGAUAUGUGCUCCUCAUGCCACCACAGUUGGAACUGCAACUUUUUUUCUUGCGCGGACCACGACUAUUCCACUGGAUAUCUGCUCCUCCCACCACCAUAGGUUUUCACAAGCUAGUGGUAUAGUUGGUUCAGUUAAAGAAGUGACUCCGUCCGUCGGAUGAGAAGUGAGAGAUGAAGAAAGUCAAGAGAAAGCUUGGGAAGUAUGAGCUUGGCAGAACUAUUGGCGAAGGUGCUUUUUCCAAAGUUAAGUCCGCGCAGAACACCGAGACUGGCGAGAAUGUUGCCAUCAAAGUCUUGGCGAAAAGCACCAUUCUCAAGAACAAAAUGGUCGAGCAGAUCAAAAGAGAGAUAUCUAUAAUGAAAAUUGUCAGACAUCCUUGCAUAGUUCGGCUUCACGAGGUUUUAGCUAGUCGGACAAAAAUAUAUAUCAUUAUGGAGUUUGUCACUGGAGGAGAGCUUUUCGACAAAAUUGUUCAUCAAGUUAGGCUCCCUGAAAAAGAGGCUAGACGAUACUUCCAGCAACUCAUAGAUGCCGUUGCUCACUGUCAUAGUAAGGGUGUAUAUCAUCGGGAUCUGAAGCCUGAAAAUCUUCUUCUUGAUUGUCAAGGUAACUUGAAAGUUUCCGAUUUUGGACUUAGCGCAUUGCCUCAACAAGGAGUUGACCUCCUUCAUACCACUUGUGGGACUCCAAAUUACAUUGCACCUGAGGUGUUAAGUAACCGAGGUUAUAACGGUGCUGCUGUUGAUGUAUGGUCCUGUGGUGUCAUCCUUUUUGUCUUAAUGUCGAGAUAUCUUCCAUUUGAUGAAAUAGACCUUCCUACCUUGUUUUCAAAGAUCAAUGCAGCUGAUUUCUCCUGUCCUUCUUGGUUUUCUUCUGGUGCAGUGUCAUUGAUAAGAAAAAUUCUUGACCCAAAUCCUGAUACUCGGAUCAAGAUUAAAGGGAUAAAAAGAGACUCUUGGUUCCGAAAAGACUACUUGCCCUUCAGGAUUAAAGAUGACGAACAAGUGAAUCUUGAUGAUGUCCGUGCUGUGUUUGACGAUAUUGAGGGGGAACUUGUAAGCGAGAAAUCUGUUAAUAGUGAUAGUAGCCCCUUGGAGGAACUUGUAAGUAAGAAAUCUGAAUAUAGUGAGGGUGGCCCCUUGAUAAUGAAUGCAUUCGAGAUGAUCACACUAUCUCAGGGGUUGAAUUUAGCAGCCUUAUUUGACAGGCGUCAGGUACAGUGAUUAUUUCAGUGAACAAAAAAAAGGUCGAGCAAACCUUAGUUUCCUGUCAUGCAGUCUUUCUGUUUCUUCCUACUGCAUAUAUCUGUUGUUCUUUCCUUCUCUUUUAUUUUUCCUGGUUUUUGCUUUAAACUUUUCAUUUGUGCAAUAAGAGAGGGGGUUGAUGGAAGCUGCAAAGGUUUCUUCUAUAAUUUCUUUAGCGUAGUGUUUUCCUUUAAGAAGCAAGCUAGUUAGCCUGUCUCUGUGCUUAUGUUCUUUUCUACUUUUUUUCUCCCUUUUUUGUUGAUUGGAUACAUGUGACAUGAAAACAUGCUUCGUAGUGACCAACCAUUUGUUUAUACGUCGUCUUACAUUAUGUA